AUGGACGAUUUUUUCCAAGCAACACCGUACCGCUUCGCUUCCGGAGUAGAUGAGGAGGAGGAGGAGGAGGAGAAGAAAAGCGAGACGAGUCGGCGGAAUCAGCGGAAAAGCGAUCCGGAAGAGCAGGAGGAGGCGGCGGCGGUGCAGAUUGUGAUGGUGCAUCGGCUGAGUUUCGAGUGAGUGCCGCACCCGAUUGAGCCAUUCAUAAGAGAACGCGUUCAGCGAUCAAAGUGUGCGUGCGGGCUUCAUCCGAAAAGUGUUCGCACUCGUCACUCUUAUGGUAUGCGCACGCGAAACCACUUGGUUUGGACGGUCCCCAAUUUUCAGUUCGCAGUCACCGCCGGCUUCUCGUCGGUUCCGAUCAUCAGCAAAGAUUUUGCAGAGUGGUGUCACGAGUACUGGUGGCUGACCUACGUGUCCAUGUGAGCACCAAUUCUCAUCAUUAUUUGACAUUCCUGAUGCCGCGUUCAAAGUCUCGGAAAACCCGCAAAUCCCGCGGAUUUUGCAGUCCAAAGUCGGCAGAAAUUUGCGGGAAAUCCGGGGUGCGCACAGCUGAACGAGUGUUACCGUACACCAUAAAACCACGGUAUUUUUUGAAAAUUUACCCAAGAAAUGGGAAAAAUUUCAAAUAUUCUCUCGAGAAAUUUAAAUUUUUUCAAAAAAUACCGUUGAAAAUUUACCCAAGAAAUUUGAAAAUUUUCAAAUAUUCUCGCGAGAAAUUUAAAUUUUUUAAAAAAAUAUCGUUGAAAAUUUACCCAAGAAAUGGGAAAAAUUUCAAAUAUUCUCUCGAGAAAUUUAAAAGGCAAUGUCUGAGAACCUCGAAAUUCGCUAAUUACACCAGGUCACUAAAAAUUCAGAAUGCUUCAAUUUGUCCCAUAUUAUACCCAAUGGGUACUUACAUAACAGUCAUACAUCAGACAAGUUUUGGUCCGGCUCCGUGGUCCCUAGUCCGAUCACGAUCCCAAAAGAGGUAAAAACUGUAACUAAUUUCAAAAAAAUUCUAGCGUCUCAGACUCAACACCAUUCGAUUUCUCGCAUCUUUUUAAGCAUUUUUCAUGUUGGCACCAAAAAUUUAGCACCUCUCCUUCAUGGAGAAAAAAAUUGUUUUAUGACAUUUUUCAGAACAUUUUUCAGUUUUCUGCUCGUCCUGAAAAAUUUUAACACUACAUAGCCAUGAUUUUAUUGCUGAUUCUGAAUCUAGACGUUAUUGUGCUUCGGCAAAAAAAAAGUUCACCCCGAUCCUGAUUGACAUCAAGGGGUUUUUAGGCCGAAGUUCACAAAAUUCGUAGUACUUUUUGCAUGGAAAAAAAUGUUCGCGAACUUGAGAAAAGUGCGUUUUCUCAAUUUUUCUAAGGGGUCUGAUUGCGAUUUUUGUUGUUUUUCGUAUACUUUUAGGCAUUCUCGAUUUUUUUGGAAGCAUUUUUGAAAAAUUAAUAAAAAAAUUAGACCAAGUCGUCGACCCGGGGGUCAUGACAAAAAUUUUCGAGAAAAAAAUUAAUUUUCGAAAUGCUUCAAAAAAAUCAAGAAUGCCUAAAAAGUAUACGAAAAACAACAAAUAUCGCGAUCAGGCCCCUUUGAAAAAUUGAGAAAAACGCACUUUUCUCAAGUUCGCGAACAUUUUUCCAUGCAAAAGUACUCUAAAUUUUGCGAAUUUCGGCCAAAAAACCCCUUGAUGUCAAUCGGGAUCGGGGUGAACUUUUUUUUUGCAGAAGCACAAUAACGUCUAGAUUCAGAAUCAGCAAUAAAAUCAUGGCUAUGUAGUGUUAAAAUUUUUCAGGACGAGCAGAAAACUGAAACAUUUUCUGAAAAAUGUCACAAACCAAUUUUGUUCUCCAUAAAGGAGGGGUGCCAAAUUUUUGGUGCCAACAUGAAAUAUACUCAAAAAGAUGCGAAGAAUCCAAUGGCGUUGAGUUUGAGACGCUAGUAUUUUUUUGAAAUUAGUUACAGGUUUGACCUUGUUUGUGACCGUGAUCGGACUAGGGACCACGGAGCCGGACCAAAACUUGUCUGAUGUAUGACUGUUAUGUAAGUACCCAUUGGGUAUAAUAUGGGACAAAUUGAAGCAUUCUGAAUUUUUAGUGACCUGCAGUAUUUGAACUUCUCAGACAUUGCCUUUUAAAUUUUUUCAAAAAAUACCGUUGAAAAUUUACCCAAGAAAUUUGAAAAUUUUCAAAUAUUCUCGCGAGAAAUUUAAAUUUUUUCAAAAAAUACCGUUGAAAAUUUACCCAAGAAAUUUGAAAAUUUUCAAAUAUUCUCGCGAGAAAUUUAAAUUUUUGCAAAAAAUACCGUUGAAAAUUUACCCAAGAAAUUUGAAAAUUUUCAAAUAUUCUCGAGAAAUUUAAAUUUUUUCAAAAAAUACCGUAGUUUUAUGGUGUACGGUAACACUCGUUCAGCUGUGCGCACCCCGGAUUUCCCGUAAAUUUCUGCCGACUUUGGACUGCAAAAUCCGCGAGAUUUGCGGCGUUUCCGAGACUUUGGACGCGGCAUGAAAGUGUUUGUGCUCGACCCGUUCGCUACCUUCCAGGGCGGUCUACUUUGUGUUCUACCUGACGCUAGUCUGCUGCCAAUCGAUCCGUCGCUGCUUUCCGUGCAAUCUCAUCGUGCUCACCGUCUUCGUAAGUCGCGUUUUCGUCCAUUUUUGCGCACGAUUCUCAUGCAUUUUUCCUCGCCCAGACGCUCUCGGCCGCCACAAUGACCAUGUUCAUAACGGCGCACUACUCGGUCGAAUCGGUAAUGAUCGCGCUGCUGAUCACCACGCUCUGCAGUGCGUCUAUCAUCGUUUUCGCGGCCACAACCAGCAAAGACCUGACUUCGUAGGUGUCCACGUACUACCGUAACCCGCUACAGUAACCCCUUGUAGAUGUCUCGGAAUCGCAUUCAUCCUCGGAAUGUGUCUGAUCAUGUUCGGAUUGAUGACGAUCAUUUUUGUCGUCGUUUUACAGUGGUACUUUCUGAAUAUUGUCUACUCGGCCCUUGGCGCACUUUUAUGCAUGUUCUACUUGGCGAUUGAUGUGCAGGCAAGUACAGUAACCCUGGAAACGCUACAGUAAUGCUCAUUCAGAUGAUAAUGGGCGGUCGUCGUGUCGAAAUCUCUCCGGAAGAGUACAUUUUCGCCGCCACACACGUCUUCGUCGACAUUCUCACCAUGUUCUUUCACAUUUUGGGAGUUGUCGGAAGGAAUUGA